AAUAAUGGGCAUAAAAGAUCUUCUCAGAUUCAUGAAACCUUACAUUAAACCCAUUCACAUCAAGAAAUAUGCUGGGAAGCGGGUGGGUAUUGAUGCAUAUUCAUGGCUUCACAAAGGAGCAUAUUCAUGUAGCAUGGAGCUUUGUUUAAAUUCAAAGAGUGAAAGGAAAUACCAAUACUUGAAUUAUUUUAUGCAUCGAAUUAAUCUUCUUCGACACUAUAAUAUUACACCGGUGGUUGUGUUUGAUGGUGGAAACAUUCCAUGUAAGGCUGUCACGGAGGACGAGAGGCACAGGAGAAGAGAAGCUAAUCGUGAUUUGGCUAUGGAAAAACUUAAACAAGGAAAUGUUAAAGCUGCUUCUGAGCUCUUCCAGAGAGCAAUUAGCAUCACUCCAGCCAUGGCUCAUCAACUGAUUCAGGUAUUGAGAACAGAGAACAUUGAAUUUGUGGUAGCCCCAUAUGAGGCUGAUGCUCAGUUGGCAUACCUGUCCAGUCUUGAAGUAGAGAAAGGUGGAAUUGCGGCUGUGAUUACUGAAGACAGUGAUCUAAUAGCUUAUGGUUGCCAAGCUACUGUGUUUAAGAUGGAUAGACAUGGCAAUGGCGAAGAGCUUCUGCUAGACAAUGCUUUUGAAUCAAGUAAUGGUACACCAUCCUUCAGGAAUUUUGAUCAGGAAUUAUUUAUAGGCAUGUGUGUGCUGGCUGGCUGUGAUUUCCUUCCUUCAGUUCCUGGAAUUGGUAUUGCAAAGGCAUAUUCAAUGGUUUCCAAAUACCGAAACUUAGAUCGUGUUUUGUCAGUUUUGAAGAUUGAUAAGGGUUGUCAAGUGCCUGAAGAUUACUCCAAAUCAUUCAGAGAAGCAGUUGCAGUAUUCCAGCAUGCCCGAAUAUAUGACGGUGACGCUAAGAAGCUUACACACAUUAAACCUCUUCCACAAGAGCUUCUGGAGUCUCUAGCUGGAGAGCUUGAUUUUCUUGGCCCAGAAAUCCCUCCAUCAGUAGCUGCUGCAAUUGCUGAAGGACACUUAGACCCGGUAAACAUGGAGGCUUUUAAUUGUUCUCCAAAUUCUGAAUAUCGUCAUGGUCAUGCUGCAAUCCAAACUUCUAAGAAACUCCAGAAGCCUGAAAUUACUACGGAAACUGGGUUUAUGGUAUUUUCUUCACAAAAGACCAUGGAAGAAAUUACAGUUGUAGAUACUCAAAUGAAGCAGUAUCCGGUUUCAUCUAAAAGGAUGUAUUUCAAUGAAGGCACAGCUCUCCAGAAAUUAGUUUCGCCAUUACAAAGUCAGGAAACAGUUGAAAAUACAGUGGUUUCUGAUGACCUUCCAUUGAAGGUUCCGGACAAUAACCCAUUCAAGAAAAGGAAACUUGAUGAGAUUCACUUUAACCCAUUAACGAGCAUUAGUAAAGAAGAUCUAGUUGUGACUGGGGAUGAAAAGUUGGAAUUCUUGUGUGCAACUCCUGAUUGUAUUCUACCAAAGGUUUCUGAAAACAUCCAUCCUAGGAAACGAACACAUAAUGGAAGUCACUUGGAUCAGAGAGAAGACGCUGCUGCACAAGUUUCUGUGGUGACUGAGGUGAUAAGUUCUAACUUGUUUGAUACAAAGCAAUCACAAGAAAGUGUGAAUUCAAAGCCUAAAAGGUUCUCUAAAGGGAAACAGAGAAGUAAAACUAAGAAGACAGAAACUAGUAAUAGCAACAAUUCUGUAAAUAAGAGUACCAGUAUCUUGAAUUUCUUUUCUCGAGUGUAAUCUUUUAAUUCUUCAAGUUAUUUAUAAUGAAUGAUUAUCCAAUUUUUU